AUGUUGAGGUAUGGGCCAUUCCCGCAGUACGAAAGAUUCAGCGCUCGCAACAGAUUCAUCAUUCUGGCCUACAUUAUGCAGCACUACAAUGUCAACAUUGACAGCUUCCAUACUUACUCUCUGCAAGUUCUGUGCCAGGUGACAAGCAAGCUCAGUUCAACGGGCUUUAACAUAUCCCAGGACUGCGGGAGUCAUCAUCAGCCCAGAAUUAAUGUAAACCCGCCUCUUCUGCUGGAAUUCCUAUUUGCUGUAUACUUCGCACUGUUUAACGGCCAUCACAAGAUUGCUAUGGAGGCGGUUCAGGCUGUACACAACCGUUCUAGUUUUGAACUUUACUCAGACAUUCUUCUGGUCACUGGAGCAAUACUCAACUCUUAUUGCUAUGGUACUCUACAGUUUGAUAUUACACAUGCAAAUCUUGGAGCCCAAAAGACAGCCCAAGUGUUGAAAAACCUGGUCACUAAUGCUUCAUUUAAAGCAAAGAAAUUGCCAGAUGACAUCGAUAUCGUGGAAGAGGUUCAGCAGAGGCUUCCAGCCAUCAUGGAAGACCAGGAAUACUCCUUAGCGAAAGGCCUGAAGAACAGACUGAUGAACUUCGGAGGCAAGCUGGGUGUUGACAGGAACAAGAAUCGAGAUGCCAUUAAACAGGAUGGUGAAAUGUCCUCACCAAAGCAGGGUGGUAAAGUGGAACUGUCAGAUUCUGCUAGUGGGUCUGGUCAGAGUCCUGGCUGUAGUGGGGAUGGGAGGGACUCUUCAGAGCCACAGAAAGGUAAAGGCAGCAGUCGGAACGGUAGUGACAGAAGUGGGGCUCAUGGCCCUGAGGCUCAUGGGAAAGGAAGCAGCGAGGAGAAACAUGUGAAAAUCUCCACAUCUACUAUAGUAUUUUCUAAAAAGUCUGGUAUUUUAAGGCAAGUUUCUCUUGGUUCAUCGGGUGCAUGGUCCAAGACUACCGAUUCCUCCACUAAAGCUUCAUAUUCAUUUACAUCUUCUUCUCCAUCAUCAACUUCCUCACUUUUAACCAAAUCUUCAUCAUCCACUCACAACAAAUCCGUGUCUGGUCAUAAUUCCACCAUCACCAACAAUAUUGCUCAUUCCACGAGCAAAACUAACUCCUCUGAAAUCACCCAUGGGUAUAUGACACAAUCACUAACCAGUCGAAAUGAAUCAAAAUUAACAUCAGGUGCGUCAUCAUCAUCAUCAUCCAGUUCUGCAUUGUUGCAGCCUUCAUCUCAUGCAUUUGCUAACAGUUCCCAUAAUUCAUCAGAGCCUCUGCUUGGACAACAUUGCUCCUCCAGCUCCCAGCCUGCAGCAGCAGCCAAAAGUUAUUCGACUUUUGCAGAAACUUUCUUAGCCAACAGAAAGAGGUCAUCCCAGAAAUCGAUCAACAAUAGUUCUGCCAGCACCGACCUGUGA